UAAGUGGUAUUGCUGGCUCCCCAGUAGAUGCUUACUUGUUCAUCGUGUCAUGUUUGAACCGCAGCCCGUAUUCAAGGUCAACCUAACCAUUUCCAUUUUCACACACAUGGUGUAAGGAGUUGCCUAGGUUUUGGUGACUCGAAAGUUGGAAGUUAGACCCCAAGUGUGGACGUAUUUUGCUAAAUUGGCAUGUGAUGAACGUUGCAACUUUAUUAUGUUAGAUGUUGGGAAAGAGUUCCAGUGAGCAAAGUAAAAAAUCUUGAUUUUUGCUGAAAUCAAUUGAUUGCAUGCAACUCACAGGGGCGUACAAACGCAGGUCAAUACCUAAAUUAUAUUUUAACUUUUUAGGACAUUCGAUAAAUACAUUAUUCAAGUCUACAGGGAAUUGUACUCCUGCCGAAAUCAUCACAUGGAAAUAAUAGAAGACUUUGACUGUCAAAAUUUUCCUGACUAUGAAAUUCCGUCUAAUCAAGUUUUUAUUAUCAAUAUGCGUGAUUCUGCAAGAAUUUGUACACUGUGGGAAAACUCUACAAGCAGAUUCAGAGGAAAACAUAAGCAAAAAAAUAUGCGAAUUUCCACAGUUCAGAAAAUUAACCAAAAAAAUCAUUUAUAACAACAAGACACAUUUUUGUCAAGGAUGUAAAACGUUCAGAACGCUUUUUCUCAAAGCCGAUGCAAAAAAAUUAAAUUUGAAAAACGUGGAUAUGUGUACGAAGAAAUGUGACGGGGUUCUAUGCAGUGGCCUAAAACUGGAAUGUGUGCAAUCGAAAGUAGCUGGUGAAACAGCAGAGAAAACGUGCGAAAAAAUCGGCGGACGAGCAGUUAACCCAUGGCAUGGUGGCAGCGAAGAGGGAGGUAACAAUAACGCCGAAGAUGGCAGGAAUGCCAGCGGACAGAUGAUGACAACUCCCGUCUCGUUAUCUAACUCUGAGUGGCAUUCUAACGGUGUUUCAAACAUUGCAAGGAGGAAUCAAGAAAAUCUACGAGUUCAGGAAGCCAGCACAGAAGAUUUGACGACAGUACCUAUGUACGAAAUUCGAAACGACAACAAAGUGUACAGGCAAGACGAGAAUGGAAAUGAAUAUUUAUUAAAAAACGAGGAUGAGUGCAGUACAAUGAGCAGAACUUCUUACAACGGCAGCGACCUUUUUCCGUAUUUUGCUCAGAUGAACAGCAGUCCAAUGCGAAGCAACAGGUCUUCUGAUGUAGUAUUGGAGGACGGCUAUGUUACGGGAGGAAAUUUCAUAGGGAGUGCAGAUCCACAAAUUAGAGAAUUUUUGAGGCAAAACACACAUACUUCGAAAGAAGGAAAUGAGGCUUUUGUAAAUGAUAAAUCAGAGCUUGAACAAAAUUAUUACAUGACAGAACAAUUAAAUGCCACAAACGAAGCUCUUUCAAUGUCGCUCACUCAUUCUGUGGGUUGUGACGGUGUGGAGUAUGUGAUUGAAGACCAAGAUCUUGUCUCCUUUAACACUCCUGUAUCUUUUUCCAAACAAAAAAGAACCCCACAAUCGCAGAGAAUGCGGCGAAUAAACGAAAAUCAUGACAUUAUGCAAAUAACUUUACAACCUGGUGAUCUUGACAGUGACUUUGAAGAUAACUCCCGCCCAGACUCUGCUGUUAAAUCGGACAAAAGCGAAGUAUUCUUUUCCCCCACUACGCAGUCGUUGCAAGCAGGAGAAAAUUCCGCUUUCAAAACAGAUAAUUCAUUUGUAGAGUCACCCUGUUCAGAGAGUGGCAUUGAGGGCAGUUAUAACAGUAAGGAAUCAUGUGAAAUCUUAUUAAAUAAUGAUGACCCGCCAAUUCAUUCAUGGAAUGAAAAUGGCAAAGGGAGAUCGAGCGAGCGACUUGUUGAAAAGACCCGAACUCCGAAAAUAAAUAGAUAUCUAGCAAAUGGCGGUAAUAGAGCAAAAAGUUGUACAUGGAAAUCACCAGCUGCCCCCACACAUUCGUCCUCCAGAAAAUUAUCCGUACCAAUCCACUGUCCGUCAUCUGUGCCAACACACCCGAAACCCCAUGCUACAAAUCUUACACAUGUCUUCGUUGAUGUGCACAGAAAUAUGGCGAGUUCUGAUGAAGACUUAUUGGGGCAUACCUCCAUAAAUAACAAGUCAUGUGAAAGACCUUUUAGAGCAAACCUACAAUCAAGCUCCUCAACUGAAAUGAUAUUUGGCGCACUGCAAAAUACGCCUGACCACAUGCCUUUUGAUGCCUAUACUUCUCAAAAUAACGAACAACAAGAUGGGCUGAAAAUUAACAGACAAAGACGAAAUAAGUCCAUGUAUUUGCUCAGAAAUGGAGGUAUCCAUAAAACUCCUGACUGGGCGCCGCCACGCACAGUGCGAUUUAGCUCAAGUGGUAGUGGUGAAUACGCUAUACCUUUUGGAUCACUCGUACCAUGACAUGCGAAUGCAAUCAACAAACAUAUAUUUUUAUUUUUAAAUCUAAUUACUUUUGUUCCAUUUUAUACUGCUAUGUGCCCAAGGCCUGUAAUAAAUGCACAGCUACAAAAAAUAGAGAAUUUAACCUCAUUAAACACAUGAUUUGGGAAAGCAAACACAAAAAGGUGUUAACAAAACAGUUGAUCUUUCCUUAAGUAUAGCACUACUUCAUUAUAUAUUUCUGGUUCUCAAAGUUCUCUAGACUUAUAAACAUGUAUGAAAACUGAGAAUCCUGGCUCUGGUAUUUAACCGAACAUUGACUCUAUCUCGAGUUACCCAAGAAAAAGCAAGCGAGGUGCAGUAGAAUACUUAGGCCUGACACAUUUCAGCACUUUGUCCAUCAUCCUGAAGAGAGCAACACUGAACCUAAUCACUUCAGAAUGGUAUUUUGUAUUCUAUUUGCAUUUGUGUAUUUGAGUUCAAAAUCAACUUCCCAUUGACAGACUAACAUCAGUAUAAAGUUUAUACUGAUACUUACUUAUACUAUAAACGCUUUCUUUACAACAUAAAAUCACAAUAGAGGUUUUUAAAUUUCAAAACAUCUAUGUGAAGUUAAGCAACUCAUUUCUCUCUAAUGUGGAGUGAGACAAAUGCACAUUCUAACUGAAAUUGUUUUGCAAUAGUUAUGUUAAUAUCUGAAGUACAGGAAUUGAUACCAAUAAGUUGCUUUGGUAGCUGAAUCAGCAUUAAGUUAUACAACCAGUUUAUGUGCUGCAUUUUCUAAUUAGGCUCAUCCAGAGUCAAUCACCUACCUCACAUUGCUGACAAACUGAAUGAACUGAUGUGAUGUGAUAUUGAUAGGUCAUGUUAAAUCUGUGAAAUUAAUGUCCCUGCAAAUCCAGUCAUAAAAAAAAGAAGCUCACUGACUUAGUCAUGGUUACUGACCAUUUGGUAAUUUCUGAUUUUUUUUUUAAAUCCAGAAAAAAGUGACUGCUCAUGAAAAUUAUAAUUAAUAAAAA